CUUACCAAACAGCCCCACAAUCCCCAGCACCACCAUUUGAAUAUGAAAAUACGAAUACUACACAACACACUUGUCCUGUUAAUAAUCGAUCAUCAUCGAUGCCUUCAAAUCUUCACAAUUCAGUAAGCAUACUGCAUUGUUGUUGUCAUAUAAAUCACAUGCAUACACAUACACACAUGAAUCAAUGGUUUCAGCGAUCUUAACACCGACUCAGAAAUACGCAGCGGGAGCUCUGUUUGGUCUGGCUUUACACAAAGCUCAAACACACCAGACUCGCCCUCUCGCCUCGAUUUUCGAUGAAGAUGAGGAUGAAUUGGACGGCGGUGACAGCAGGACGCCUUAUUCAGUCUCCGCUGACCCUGAGCUUUGGAUCCAUCAGACCUCUGGUCUCCUCCGCCCUGUUUUUAGUUUCUUAGAAAUUAAUGAUCAAGCCUGGCCUGGACUUGAGGAAACUGCAGGAUCGCCCUCUGGGACUCAUCACGUUGGAGCUUUCAUAAGAUUGCUUGCUGAAGAUAGUAGUGAGACUUCUUCAGAAAUGAAGGAUCAGGAGCACGGAUUGUCAAAUGCUGUUAGUAGUAUGGCAGCAACCAUGGACCCUUCAGAGGAAUUCGCUUAUCAUAAGAAAAAACAUCGUGCAUACGAACAAGAAUGGCGGGAGAUAUUGUCAAGUGCCGCUCAACCACAGCCUGAAGUGAAAGAUGAGGACCGUGAAACUGAUGAGAAGAAAGAUAAUGACCAUGAAACUGAUGAGAAGAAAGUUGAUGACCAUGAAACUGAUGAGAAGAAAGAUGAUGACCGUGAAACUGAUGAGCAGGAUACAUCAGGUAAAAGAUCUAUUAUGGCAGAGCCAUCUGUUGGGUCUGGCAGGAAAUGUGAUACAAAACCCUUUGAAGAGUUAACCUUGCUUGAUGAUAAGAGGAAGGUGGCAGUUCUGUUUGAACUCCUCACAGCUUGUUUGGCAAAAACACCUGAACUUGACAACACAGCAAAACGCCGAAAGAAUGAUUAUGACGCUCGUCACCGUGUGGCUUUGCGAUUGCUGUCAACUUGGUUUGAUAUUGAGUGGAUAAAGAUGGAAGCUAUUGAGACCAUAGUUGCUAGCUCAGCAAUGGCCAUAUUAAAAGAGAGAAACAGUAAGCAACAAGAAGCAGAUUCUUCACAAAGUAGAUGGGCUAAGUGGAGGCGUGGAGGUAUCAUUGGUGCAGCCGCGUUAACAGGAGGAACCUUAAUGGCGAUAACUGGUGGUUUAGCAGCUCCAGCAAUUGCUGCUGGAUUUGGUGCUCUAGCACCUACGCUGGGUACUAUGAUCCCCGUAAUUGGAGCAAGCGGCUUUGCUGCUGCCGCUACUGCUGCAGGAAGUGUUGCAGGUUCUGUUGCAGUUGCUGCAUCAUUUGGAGCUGCUGGAGCGGGACUAUCCGGGGCAAAAAUGGCAAGGAGAACGGGAAGCAUCGAUGAGUUUGAGUUCAAAGUUGUAGGAGAAAAUCGUAAAAAAGGCAGGCUGGCAGUUGAAGUGGUAAUCUCAGGCUUUGUGUUUGAGGAAGAUGAUUUCGUUAAACCUUGGGAAGGACAAGCGGAUAACUCAGAACGGUAUGCACUGCAGUGGGAGUCUAAGCAUCUGAUUGCUGUAAGCACCGCAAUUCGGGACCUGCUAGCGUCAAGCCUUGCAUAUACGUUGAUGCAGCAAGGUGCAAUGUUGACUGUAUUAGGCGCUCUUGUGUCAGCAUUAGCAUGGCCAGCAGCAUUACUUUCUCUUAUUGGUUUCAUUGAUAGCAGCUGGUCAAUUGCUGUAGACAGAUCUGACAAGGCAGGAAAAUUGCUUGCUGAAGAAGUUUUAGAGAAGGGGUUGCACGGACAAAGCUUGGACGUGCAUAUGUGUUUUAGGCCUGUGACGUUACUGGGUUUUUCACUUGGAGCGCGAGUUAUUUUUAGAUGUCUUCAGUGUCUAUCUGAGUCUGAUAAUAAUGCUGGGCUAAUAGAGAGAGUUGUCCUCCUUGGAUCACCUAUUGCCAUCCAAGAUGAAAAUUGGGAAACUGCAAGAAAGAUGGUGUCUGGUAGGUUCGUAAACGCUUAUUCUACAAAUGACUGGACACUUGGAGUCGCCUUCCGUGCUAGCAUCCUGUCUCGAGGAGUAGCUGGAGUUCAACCAGUUGAUGUCCCAGGAAUCGAGAAUGUCGAUGUAACUGAAGUAAUUGAGGGCCACUCAUCGUAUCUCUGGGCUACCCAACAAAUUAUAGAGCAGCUUGAGCUCAAUGCCUACUUUCCUGUUUUCAAUGCCACUCCUAUGAAGCCUGGCGAAGAUACAUACUCUGGAAAUUCUUUUUUGGGGGGUUACAUACAGCCUGCAGGAAAAGGAGAAGGCAUCUAAAGCAAAAGCCGGCUAGUGGCUAUUUCAGUUAAACUGAUUUUAUAUUUUCUUUUGCACAAAGUAGCUGGUUGUGCUGAUUUUUUUUAUUUUCUUCCAAAGUAGCUGGUUGUGUAUAGUGUCCUUUCAAAUACAAACUUUUUUGUAUUGGAUUUGAUCAUUUCAAAUUCUGGUAUAGCUUUUUUCAGGGAUGGUAUAGUCUAUGCAGUAUAAUUAGGUAAAAGUACACUCUAUGUACAUGUAGUUUGGGCUUUACAACACUUAAAAAUCACCUGCAAUAUUGCAUUUCAAGAUUUUUCUUAA